GCCCCGGCACCGGCCCCCGCGAGGAGGCGGGUCGGGCUGAGGCGGCCAUGGCGCGGCUGGUCGGGGUCGCUGCCGCUGCCGCCGCCACCACCACUACCACUACCACCACUGCCACCGCGGUUCGAUGCGCCGAGGGGAUGCUGAGGCGAGCUCGGCGGCAGGCCAGCUGUCAGCAUUUGGUGAAUAAAUGUCUGCACACUACAGUGGGGUUUCUGAAGAAAACUGGAGCUGAACACCGGUGGUUAGAGCGGCACCUGAAGGAUCCCUAUGUCAAGGCAGCAAAGCGGCAGCACUUCCGUUGCCGAAGUGCCUUCAAGUUACUGGAGAUCGAUGACAAGCUCCGUAUUCUUCGUCCAGGACUUUCUGUUCUUGACUGUGGAGCAGCACCUGGUGCUUGGAGCCAGGUUGCUGUAGAGAGAGUCAAUGCCUUAGGUACUGAUCCCGCUGUCCCCACUGGCUUCGUCCUUGGUGUUGACCUCCUGCGGAUUUCUCCUCUGGAAGGAGCGGUGUUCCUCUCGGAGACUGACAUUGCAGACCCGUGCACAUUGAGCAUGAUUCAGAGUCUGCUUCCUGCAGAGAAGGUGGAUGUUAUCUUGAGUGACAUGGCACCUAAUGCAACAGGCAUUAAAGAACUGGAUCAUCAGAAGCUGAUCAGUCUAUGUUUAGGCCUCCUGAAUCUGUCCCAAAGUAUUCUAAAGCCGAAAGGAACAAUGCUCUGUAAAGUCUGGGAUGGACAAGACUCCCGUCUUCUGCAAAACAGACUGAAGGAGCAGUUCCAAGACGUGAGAACUAUAAAGCCUCAGGCCAGCCGAAAGGACUCUGCUGAAUCUUAUUAUUUGGCAAGACUGUACAAAGGGAAAUGAAAGCUGAGAACCACAGGUCAUUGAAGAGGUGAUGAGACAGUGACUAGAAGUCUGAAUCUGGCAUGUGCCUAAUGAAAAAUCCCACCACUGAGACCCUGAGAAAAUCUGCCACAGUUCUUACUGAGUACAUUGUGCUUUUCAAGUACAAAAAUAAACCAGGGUGGUGUCUUACUGCAUUGAUCCACUAAUUAUACAAGCAGAGAUGUCCAAUCUAGCUUUUCAGCUGUGGAGAAAAUGGUUGGAAAUGGAGAGGAAUAAUGUGAGAGGCAACCUCUGGAGUUGGAGUAAUGCAAAUGAAAAU